AUGUCCGUGGUCGAGGGGUUGUUUUUGUUUGAAUACAUCGCCCUUUCAAUUCGUCAUUCUUCAUUUUGGGGUUGGUUUUCGGGUCGCCUGUGUAUUCUCCCGCCUCGCUCCAUCGUCUUUGACCCGCUCGUCGCUUCCGGCUCGCCUCACUGUACAGUCGCUGCACAGUUUGCUUCGCCACCUACGAACCGACCAACAUCAUUUCCUCCUUCAUAUACCCUUCACGACCACUCCCCGUCGUCUGCCGUCGCUAGAUACCCCUUCGCCUCGACGAGCGUGUCUGAUUGCUGCAAUUUUGCCUGGUUUGGUUGCUGGAAUAUUGCCCAAACUUUGUUUCUCCUGCGGCUCUCUCUCUCUGUGGUACUACCGAUCUCUCCGAUCCUAGAGCCAUUUGGACGUCUCCCUCUCAUGUAUUAA